UUUGCAGGGGGAAACCACCAUCUGAACUCACUUUAGUCGGUGUGUUAACAGCAGCGAAUAGUUUCUGACAGCAGAGCGGAGACAUAAAACCAUGACGAACUUUUUUACUAUUUAUAAACUGUCCCUGGUCGCUGUUACCUGCUUCAUCCAAGCCUGCAGCAGCAGCAGCAGCAGCAGCAGCAGCUGUCCGGUGUUGGAGUGCUGGUUUGUGCAGGAGAAGGCAGGGCGAGGAGGAGGUUUAACUGCAGCUACAACCCAGGAGAAAUCCCUGCUUCACAUCAGCACAGACGCCAACAGCCACAGCUCAGAUACCCAGCGAGCUCCAUCCGACAUCAGCCCUGACAGAGUCUACUUCAUUACAGACCCAGCUGCCACUCUCUGCCACCACUCUCUCAGCCCUCCCAGAGGCUCCAUCCAAAAGCCCCAGUGUGAGAUCAACCCCUUCCUGCCGCAGCCCUCCACCCUCAAAUGGGUUGCUCCCCUCACAGACUCCGCCUUCAGCCCCAUAUACCUACAAGCUGAUUGGUUUUCAGCCGCGCUACAUGGGAUCAACAAAGAGCGGGGCAUUUCGAGUAUCAUGCGUGCUCCCACAGCAACCAAAGAGCACAAUGUGAUCCUGAGCGUGACCAGUAAAACGGUCUCGGUGCAGGCCAGACUCGGGAAGCCGGUGCUGCUGGACUGUGGCUUCUGGGUCGACCCUUCUUCGCCUCUGUCCGGGUUGGGUUUCGCCGUCGAGUGGCGCUACCAGUUCAGAGGCAACGGACGACUUGUUCUGGCUUACGAUGGCAAGACAGACCGCCUGGCUGACACGCAGGAGGAAGGGGCCACGCUGGACAUCGAGGGUUUGCACGAGAAAGGAAAUGCAUCCCUGAUCCUGCAGGAGGCUAAAGUGCGUCACUCCGGGACGUACAUUUGCACAGUGUAUCUGCCCUACCUCCUGGCUCAGGUGGUGCUGGAGCUUGAGAUUGUAGAACCUCCCUCCCUCUCCAUCCACCCCUCCCCUCUGCCCCUCGCUGUUCCCGGACAGACCUUGACCGUCCAGUGUGAGGCGUCCGGCUUUGCCCCCCUCUCCCUGGAGCUGAGCUGGGAGUUUAAAGGCGCAGAUGGGAAGUCCAGGGCCCUGGGAGCCGGCAGCGUAACGGGCCACAGGCAGGCCUGGGAUGGCACCUACAGCCAGAGCUCCCGGCUGGAGCUCGACACCUCUAAAAUGGACCUGGGCAGAGGAGGAGAGCUCACCUGUGUGGCUGUCCACCCUGGAGGCACGCGACGGGCCAGCACCGCCCUCAGUGUCAUCGGGUUCAGUACUCCCUCCAUUGAGGACUCGAUGGCAAUGGUCGGUGUGGCACUAGUGCUCUACGGUCUCAUCAAGUUUGUCUCCUGGACAUUUAUCAGCUCAGGCUCCGAUGAGGCUGAUAAACAAGAUAAGAAAGAGAAGUAAAGAAGAACGAAGUCAUCUGAUGUGGAGGUGUGAUGCUGAGCCACCAAACCUGUCUGUUCUCAUCUCCUACAUGAAGGUUUCAGGACUGUCCUCCUGUUGAUGACAUCACUUACGUCUGUCUUUGUGAUAAAUCUGUGUCAACAUUUACUUUCAGAGGUUUUUUUUUUUUACAGAUUCGGUGGGACGUCUGCUCGAGCUCACACUCAUUCAUUUCUGUUUGAAUUGUUGUUUUCACUAUCUUGCUCAGCUAGUAAUAAUAGGCAGGAAUUAGAUAGCAGGGAGAUUUUUCUUCUUCUUCUGUAAAGUGAUGUAUUGAAAUAAUGUAUUGGCCUCCCACUGUUUGUAUACUGUGCUUUUACACAAACACUGGAGAAGACUGAGAUUAUGCUCCCUGUGCUCACGAUCCAAAGAUAUCACCACUGAAAGACCAGAGCUGUGUGUCUGUGUGUGUGUGUGUGUGUGUGUGUGUGUGUGUGUGUGUGUGUGUGUGUGUGUGUUGUUGUGUGUGUGUCAGUGUGUCAGUCAAUCAAUGUUUUACUAAACUUUCCAAACUUGCAAACUGAAUCCUGUUUUUGUAAAUACGUGACCUAUAAUGUAUAUUCUAAAAAAUUUUAUUUGUGCAUUGUGGCGGUUUUGGCAUCACAUGUUGCUUAUUUUUAUUUUAUUUUUAUUUGUGUGUGUGUGUGUGUGUGUGUGUGUGUGUGUGUGUGUGUGUGUGUGUGUGUGUGUGGAUGUUGUGCAGACUAUAGUAGGAAUGAUGCUCUAUCCAUUAGUGAAACUGAGGUGACACCCUGGGCUAAAUCAAAAAUAAAACUGAGAUAGAAAUGGGGAGAUAAUGGUACAAACAGAGCACAUAAUUCUACUGGAGAGAAAAUUCAAAAUUUAUGUUGAAAUUUUAAAAUAUUUAAAAUUGAUAAUUGAAGUCUCCAUUAUGGAUACAAUUAAAAUAGUUCUUAAAUCAUUCUGCAUUCAGUUUCUUCUUUCUUGUAAACGAGUCUCUUCUCAAACACGCAGGUGUGCCAGAUUGUGUAAAAGUAACCUGAAACUGUCUCAUCACAUUUUGACAGGGUAGUGGGGAAGGUGUCUUACAUAAAUGUAUAUGGAAGAAUUAUAACAAACUGUAAUGGCUGUGGUAUCAGCUGGAAUUACAUGUUUCUAAAUCAAAAAGACCACACUGCAAAGUUUGAGAGGAAUAAAAUAUAAAAUGACUACACUGCUGAAAAAACCUAUAGGUCAUGUCUGAUUAUCAAAAGAGGUAAAACUUAAGCUAGCAUUAAUGAGAUAAGGUGACUUCCGUUGACCUUUUCAGAAUAAAACGACAUGGUGAGCCUGCAGUUUUGUUUUUGAGUAUUUAUCUUUUUAUAUACAGUCAAUGGUAUUAACCUGAAAUGAGAAUAUAUCACACUGAAUA